AUGAAAAGAAAAUUAUUAAAUGAAAAUUACUAAAUAAAAAAGAAUAAGAGUUAUUCAAUAUAGAGAUCAAUUUAGAAAGAAAUUUCAUUAGAUAGAAAUUAAAGUAUAUCAUUUAAAAAAGGGAAUUCAGAUUAAUCAGGCUCAAUGUAAAUUGUUGAAAUGUGGUCUAAAAAAAUGAAAAAGCAAUGUGAUAUUUAUUUAGAGAAUCUAAAAUAGUAAUAAGAAAAAGAAAUGUAAAUAAUUCUUUAUUAUGUUCUUUAAUAGCAAGAAAUUCAAUAAUGUUCCACCAAUUAUGUUAAAAAACAUUGACUUGAUGAAACGAAGUGAUAAAACUACUCUUCCAAGAUCAAGAAUAGCAUCAUUUAAUUAACAAGAUUUUAAUUUAAAAUCUAAUAUGUAAAUCAUACAGUAGAAUGAUGAACAUAUUGGGAAUUCAUUUUUUAGUAUAACAAAUUCGGGUAGAUCUAUCGGUCAUCUUUAAAGGCAUAAAUUAUCACCAAUUAAGGAAGUUUAGAAUUAUAUUCACCAAUGUGAUACUCUUCUUUAAGAUGUUUAAAAUAUUAGUAAGUAAAUGAUACAAAUUACAAUAGGGAGUUUUAUUAACCAAAACCAGAUAGGUUUAAUUUAUAUGUUUAAAAAAGACAAAGAGAGAAACUCAAAGAAAUGUUUUUAUUAAGAAGAUAAUAGUGA